ACACCAUAGAAGAAUUUUAGAUAAUGUGAUCAAUAAUCCCAAUCUUUGCUAUGAAAAUAUUGCUCAUUUUAAGAAGCUUUUAGAUACAUUACAUUAUAAAGAUCCUGUUGUAGUUAUGACUAAUUGUACAAAAAUAAAAGCUAGGUUACAGUAUUUUUCCAGUUUAGAUUGCAUUGUUGGAUUGACCUUGAAUCAAAAUUAUUGUAAGAUUAAAACUUAUGAUAAUAUAUCUAAUAAG